AUGGCGAUGGAGGGUUUGACACAAUUGCGGGGACUCUGGAGGCUUGCGGAGGCCAAAUGUUGUAACAAUGCAGAGGGCUCUGAUUUCUGUGGAGGCCUCGUUGUAGUUAAUGCUGUCGAAGUCGGAUAUGACCGUGCAGAGUUUUUAAAUCAACCUGGAGUUUUUACCUCCCUAGUUCGUCUCACCGGAGGAAAAGAGAGAGAUUGUACCGUGAGAGUCACACCCUCUGUUGUGCUCUCCCUCCCUCUGCUGAGACUGACCAUCAAAUGCAGAACCAUUGAACAUCUAAUAGGCAAAUCAUAUAGUCACAAGCAGCAGCUUCUGGUUCUGGUUCUGCUCUUUCUGGUGGAAAACGGAGGGCCACAACAACACAUCAACCCCAAGCAGCUGGGCCACAACAACACAUCAACCCCAAGCAGCUGGGCCACAACAACCCCUCAACCCCAAGCAGCUGGGCCACAACAACACAUCAACCCCAAGCAGCUGGGCCACAACAACACAUCAACCCCUCAACCCCAAGCAGCUGGGCCACAACAACACAUCAACCCCUCAACCCCAAGCAGCUGGGCCACAACAACACAUCAACCCCUCAACCCCAAGCAGCUGGGCCACAACAACACAUCAACCCCUCAACCCCAAGCAGCUGGGCCACAACAACACAUCAACCCCUCAACCCCAAGCAGCUGGGCCACAACAACACAUCAACCCCUCAACCCCAAGCAGCUGGGCCACAACAACACAUCAACCCCUCAACCCCAAGCAGCUGGGCCACAACAACACGUCAACCCCAAGCAGCUGGGCCACAACAACACAUCAACCCCUCAACCCCAAGCAGCUGGGCCACAACAACACGUCAACCCCAAGCAGCUGGGCCACAACAACACAUCAACCCCUCAACCCCAAGCAGCUGGGCCACAACAACACAUCAACCCCUCAACCCCAAGCAGCUGGGCCACAACAACACAUCAACCCCAAGCAGCUGGGCCACAACAACACAUCGACCCCUCAACCCCAAGCAGCUGGGCCACAACAACACAUCAACCCCAAGCAGCUGGGCCACAACAACACAUCGACCCCUCAACCCCAAGCAGCUGGGCCACAACAACACAUCGACCCCUCAACCCCAAGCAGCUGGGCCACAACAACACAUCGACCCCUCAACCCCACAUCAACCCCAAGCAGCUGGGCCACAACAACACAUCAACCCCAAGCAGCUGGGCCACAACAACCCCUCAACCCCAAGCAGCUGGGCCACAACAACACAUCAACCCCGAGCAGCUGGGCCACAACAACACGUCAACCCCAAGCAGCUGGUUCUGCUGUUUCUGGUGUAAAACGGAGGGGUACAACAUAACAACCCUGUUGGCCAUAGAUAGACAGGCUUCAAUGUAAUGGUUUUAGCAAUAAAAUAAAUCGAAGCUUCCAUUCAAUUGCCACUCCCUGUUGCACACAACACGCUUCCAUGCGCUCUGCUACGAGGGGAUUUACUGUAUGGUUGAUUUAAGAAGAAAUUGUCAACCCUGGUACGGUCCAAGAUAAAAGUAAAAAAUAAAGUAAGAAUAAAAAGUAGGUUUGAAUGACACUGAUGGGAAAUGUCAGUCUACCACACAGCCUCUGUGUUUAACCCUCUAGAUUCAGUCUACCACUCAGCCUCUGUGUUUAAACCUCUAGAUUCAGUCUACCACUCAGCCUCUGUGUUUAAACCUCUAGAUUCAGUCUACCACACAGCCUCUGUGUUAACCUCUAGAUUCAGUCUACCGCUCAGCCUCUGUGUUAAAACCUCUAGAUUCAGUCUACCACUCAGCCUCUGUGUUUAAACCUCUAGAUUCAGUCUACCCUCAGCCUCUGUGUUUAAACCUCUAGAUUCAGUCUACCACUCAGCCUCUGUGUUUAAACCUCUAGAUUCAGUCUACCACUCAGCCUCUGUGUUUAAAACAGGUGUGUGCCUUUCCAAAUCAUGUCCAAUCAAUUGAAUUGACCACAGGUGGACUCUAAUCAAGUUGUAGAAACAUCUCUAGGAUGAUCAAUGGAAACAAGAUGCAGCUGAGAUCAAUUUCAAGUAUCAAAGCAAAGAGUCUGAAUACUUAUGUAAAUAAGGUAUUUCAGUUUUUUAUGUUUAUACAUUUGCAAAAAAAUCCUAAAAACAUGUUUUUGCUUUGGCAUUAUGCGGUAUUGUGAUGUCAU